AUGAAAUACUUCGCCCUUCUCCCGACCUUGGUUUUUGCGGCACGAGUCGUCGCAUUUCCCUCCUACGCCUCGUUGGCCGGUCUUAGCGAGCGCGAAUUGGAUGCCAUUCUUCCUACACUCGAGUUGCGAGAGCCAGCGUUGCCUCCCGGCCCUCUGAAAGACACCUCUGCCAAAUUGGUGAACGACAAGGCGCACCCGUGGAAGCCACUUCGACGAGGUGACAUCCGUGGACCUUGUCCUGGUCUUAAUACGUUGGCAUCCCAUGGAUACCUCCCAAGAAAUGGCAUUGCUACCCCAGCACAGAUCAUCAAUGCGGUUCAGGAAGGGUUCAACAUGGAGAAUGACCUCGCUAUCUUCGUGACAUAUGCAGCACACCUCGUGGACGGCAACCUCAUCACAGAUUUGCUGAGCCUUGGACAUAAGACGCCGCUUACGGGACCCGAUCCUCCACCUCCAGCUAUCGUCGGCGGGCUCAAUACGCAUGCGGUUUUCGAAGGCGACGCUAGUAUGACCAGAGGUGACGCAUUCUUCGGCAACAACCAUGACCUCAAUGCAACGCUCUUCGAUCAGUUCGUUGACUUUAGCAACCGAUUCGGAGGAGGAAAGUACAAUCUUACGGUCGCAGCCGAGCUCCGCUUCAAGCGGAUUCAAGACUCAAUUGCCACCAACCCCCAAUUCGACUUUACUUCACCUCGAUACUUUACCGCCUACGCUGAAUCUGUCUUCCCAAUCAACUUCUUCGUCGACGGACGCCGAAACGACGGGCAAUUGGAUAUGGACGAUGCGCGGGGAUUUUUCCAGCUCAACCGUAUGCCUGACAAGUUUUUCCGUCCGAACGGGACGAGGGGUACACAGGGUCUCGACGAAAUUGCCAUGGCUUAUCCAAUCCAACCAGGAGGCAAUGUCGGCACAGUCAACAGCUACACCUUUGAUCCCACCUCCGCCGAUUUUGACACCUUCUGCCUCCUGUACGAGAACUUCGUCCAGCGAAUCGUCAAGGGGCUCUACCCGAAUCCGACUGGGAAACUCCUUACAGCGUUGAACAUAAACCUUGAUUUCUUCUUCCAGGGAAUCCAGGGCUUGAGCGACGGCGAGUGUACUCAGGUCUUCCCGUACGGGCAGGACUGA